AAUAAUAUCUCUAUGUAGUACUUGAACACUUUCUUUUAACAUUUUACAAAAAUAUUAUAUCGAUAUUUUUUUUUAUAACAUAGUAUUUAUCCGAUUAUUGAAAUUUAGAUUAUAACAUAUAGUUUAUAUGUACCAAGAUAUGCUUAAAAAGCUAAAAAUAGAAUUAUGCAUUUGGUGUAACAGACCAUUUGGCCAUAUUCAAAUUUAAUUUUUCUUGUCUUUUUUGGUGAUUUUAUUAUUAAUUUUCAGUAUAAGCACUUUUUCUUCUUCAUUCAUUAUUGUAUUUGUAUUCUUUUUAGUGGUGGAGGUUGGGGCUAUAUGAAUGAGGCAGUAAUUAAUUUGUUUAGUAGCAUAAAAACCAUGAAAAAACUUCAUCUUCAACAAUGCAAAAAAGAGUCUUUAUUAGGUUAUUAUAUCUGUGGCCUUCAUCAACAUAGAUUCAACUAAAGCUAAAAUCAAAUGGCAAGUGAGUCAAACACACCUUUAUUAGCUCAAAGCCAAAGAGAAGGAUCAAGUUUUUUAAAAGCAUGCUUCAAUGGAACAAAUGCCUUUUUGGGAAUUGGGUUACUAACAGUUCCUUAUGCUCUUUCAAGUGGAGGAUGGUUGAGUUUAGUGUUGUUUUUCCUAAUCACAAUCAUGACUUUCUACACUGGAAUUUUACUCAAGACAUGUAUGGAUACUGAUCCAACAAUAAAAAGUUACUUAGACAUAGCAGAGAGAGCAUUUGGGAAAAAGGGUAGAAUCAUAGUGAUGAUUAUAAUGAACUCAGAGCUUUAUUUAGUGGCUAUAGGACUUAUGAUCUUAGAAAGUGACAACUUAAGAAAACUUUUUCCAAACUUUAUGAUAAAGAUUGGAGAUUUAUUAGUUAUUGAGGGAAGACAAUCAUUUGUGUUGAUCACUGCUUUGGUUAUCUUACCUUCUAUGAUGUUAACUGAGUUGAGUAUACUGUCAUAUGUGUCUGCAACUGGUGUUUUUUCUUGUCUUAUAAUUCUUGGUUCAAUUUUCUGUGUUGGUGUUUUUGGUGGAGUUGGGUUUCAUGAAAAAGGGAGUUUGGUUAAAGUGAGUGGAUUGCCUACUGCUGUGAGUUUGUACAUAGUUUGCUUUGCUGGACACCCUGUAAUUCCUUCAAUCUACACUUCAAUGAAAAACAAACACCAAUUCAGCCAGGUUUUACUAUUCAGCUUUGUUCUCACAACUUUGACUUACUUAUUAACCUCAUGUGUAAGUUAUGUUAUGUAUGGAGAUAGUGUUGAGUCACAAAUCACACUCAACUUACCAACCAAAUUAAUCAGUUCACAAGUUGCAAUUUACACAACUCUGUUAAUUCCAGUGACUAGAUAUGCUUUGAUGUUAACCCCAGUUGCCAAUGCCAUUGAAGGAGGGCUUUCCAUAGAUUACAAGAACUCUAGAAAAGUUCAGUUACUUGUUAGGUUUGUGUUACUUGUAAGUACCACAAUGAUAGCCUAUGUAUUCCCAUAUUUUGAGAAUCUUAUGGCCAUUGUUGGUUCUAUUUUUGUAGCACUUGGUUCAUUUGUGCUUCCUUGUCUUUGUUACUUAAAAAUUUCAUCUUCAUAUGAAAGAUGGAACUUUGAGUUGGUUGGGAAUGUGGUAAUAAUUUUGUUUGCAACUCUAGCUGGGAUUUUAGGGAGUUAUUCAUCUAUAGCUGAGCUUGUACACAAUUAUUGAACCACUUUUUCAAAAGUUGGGUUUAUGGAAUGAAUUAAUUAAUGUGUAUAUUUGUC